GAGGAGAAUGGACAGAUGCUUUGAUUGAUGGAAUAUUUAACCAGGAUUUUUUAAGAAAUAUCACUUAUAUAGCAGUCACCGCGUAUGAGAAUGGGCUAUUUUACACAAUAAGAACCUUAUGUCGUGCUUUGUAACAGCUUCAGUGCAUUAACCAUGCACUAUUCAAAGUGGCUGAUUGACAUUAAAAACCGUGCAGCCCUGCGAAAUGCGUGCAAAACACCCAGGACCAGCGACUCCAACAGCGGGGAGAGCGUGGAAGAUGUGCCCGGUGACAGCGACAAGGGGCCGAGUGAGAAGAACCCCGAGCUGACCAACCACCUCUGGACGGAAGGCUACAAAAUAAUCAAAAAAAUCGGCGAGGGAACGUUUUCGGAAGUGGUGAAAACCCAGAGCCUCAAAGAUGGAAAGUUCUACGCCUGCAAAACCAUGAAGCAGUCCAUUAGCACUCUGGAACAAGCCAACAACCUGCGGGAAGUCCAGGCCAUGAAGAGGCUGAGCCCUCACGCCAACAUCAUCCAGCUCCACGAGCUCAUCUACGACAAAGAGACCGGAACAGUGUCUCUGAUCUGUGAACUCAUGGAGAUGAACAUCUAUGAGUACAUACAGGGGAGAAAAACUCCUCUACCAGAGCACACAGUGAAGCACUACAUGUACCAGCUGUGCAAGUCUCUGGAGCACAUGCACAGCUGUGGAAUCUUCCAUCGAGAUGUGAAACCUGAGAACAUCCUCAUCAAGCAAAAUGUGUUGAAGCUGGGUGACUUUGGCUCGUGUCGCAGCGUGUACUCCUCCCCUCCUCACACAGAGUACAUCUCCACACGCUGGUACAGAGCUCCAGAGUGCCUCCUCACUGACGGAUACUACAGCCUCAAGAUGGACAUCUGGAGCGCAGGCUGUGUCUUCUUUGAGAUCAUGAGCCUGAACCCUCUGUUUCCUGGGACUAAUGAGUUGGACCAAGUUGCCAAGAUCCACGACGUGCUGGGGACCCCGGACCAGAGCGUCCUGCACAAGUUUAAGCAGUCCAGAGCGAUGCGUUUUAACUUCCCUCAGAAGAAAGGUACAGGGCUGUCUCGGCUCAUCCCAAACUGCCCUGCCCCCGCCCUGUCCCUGCUCUACCAGAUGUUGGCCUACGACCCCGACGAACGCAUCAGCGCCGACACCGCCCUCCGCCACAUGUACUUUAGAGACAUCAGACUUGCAGAGAAGAAAGCUGAGAGCCUCCAGCGGGUGGGAAAUGUGGACAGUUUGGACAGCAGUGGGGUGCAUAAUUCUUUGGAGCACCUGUGGCGUCCCACCAGACUGGGCCGACCUCUGCGGGGGCGCCACACCAGGCAGACCGCUCUCAGUCACAACCUGAAGCAUGUAGCAGAGCCCCUCAGACGGAACCUCCCACACUACUCCACAGAGCUGCCCAAGCUCAGCCUGGUCGUGCCCCAGAUCUCCUUCCCCAUGUCCACCAUGCCUGCCUACACCGUCACCCACCGUGGCACACUGCCAGCCAUCACCGCCAAGAAGUGCCACCCCCGCCUGGCCAAGCCCAGGGAUGAGUCACACCGAGCGGCUUACAAGACGUACUACAUGCCCCCUCUGGAGCGCAAACGUGGAGCCUACUGAGAGCGCCCCGG